UACAAACAAUCCGCACUUGUCAUUCCUUGGGGAGAAAGCUUUCAUUGGCAUCAGAGACCUGGUCUCAGUGAACCUUUCAAAAACGAGUAUUACCAACCUGCCGACGGAGGGGCUAGAGAACAUCGAGGAGAUCAACGUGGAGGACACGCCCACACUGAAGGCGUUUCCUCCAGUUCUUACAUUUUCCAGUAUGAAGGUGGCCAGACUGUACUACGCCCAUCACUGCUGUGCCUUCCAGCACCCAGAGAAGCAGGAUCCGGAGCUGUGGAGGAGAGUAAAGGAGUUCCAGGAGAAACUCAAGAAGGAAUGUUCCAUGACACCUUCCUCAACUCCAGCCUGGCCACCCAGUUCCUCUUCUCAGAUCCCGCACGAACCCGGAGCAGCUAUGAGAAGCAAAAGAUACGCGACAAGUGAUGGCUUUUGGGGAAGUAUAGAGGACAUUAGUGACGAUAUACCCGAUGAUUCCGGUUUCGGGUCUUUUAGGUUGCCUGAAGGGUCAACGGCAGCGUCAAGAACUACGAAGAAAACCAUGCCUAUAAAAAUAGGAUAUUAUGUUAAUGUGACUCUCCCUGAAAAUGAAACUAUUCUCAAAGAGGUCCAGUGUGGGAAUGUGUCCAUCAAUUACAGGAAGGUUUUAUGUACACCCCAGCCUAAUGCCCUGAACCCGUGCGAAGAUGUCAUGGGAUAUGAAUGGUUGCGAGUGUUUGUUUGGUUUGUUCUCUUAGCAACGCUGUGCGGGAAUGUCAUUGUGAUAAUAGUGAUAAUUACUGGCAGGAGCAAGAUGACCGUCCCGAAGUUCCUCAUGUGUAACUUAUCAUUUGCUGACUUCAUCAUGGGGCUCUACCUCCUCCUCCUUGCCUCGAUAGACGCGCACUUUGGGGAGUACUUCAACCACGCGGUGUACUGGCAGAACGACGGGGGAUGUCAAGUGGCAGGAUUCCUCACCGUGUUUUCAAGCGAGUUGUCGGUGUUCGUCCUAAUGGUGAUCACUAUGGAGAGAUGGUACGCCAUCAGCUAUGCCAUCCACCUCACAAAGAGACUACGACUAAGACAAGCGUCCUGCCUGAUGGUAUGCGGGUGGCUGUAUGCUGUCAUAAUGGCUUCCCUUCCUCUCAUAGGCGUCAGCAGCUACGGCACCGUCAGUAUUUGCCUCCCAAUGCAGGUGGAAGGAGUUCUGGACAAGGGCUACAUCUUCUCCAUCCUGCUUCUCAAUGGAACGGCCUUUAUUGUUAUUUGUGGGUGUUACGUCAGCAUGUACUUCAAGGUUAAAGACAGUGACUCUGCAGCGCGAAGCAAUGACGCUACGAUUGCCAAGAGGAUGUCCUUGCUUGUGUUUACAAAUUUCGCUUGUUGGGCACCAAUAGCCUUCUUUGGAUUAACUGCGGGAGCGGGAUUUCCCCUGAUUGACAUUACUAAUUCAAAAAUAUUACUCGUGUUCUUCUACCCUCUCAAUUCUUGUGCUAAUCCGUUCUUGUAUGUAAUUCUAACCAAACAAUUCAGAAAAGAUGUGUUCAUUCUGUUGGCCAGGUACGGCAUAUGUACUGAACGUGCUAACAGAUACAAAGGUACUUAUAUGAGCAGGUCUAUGUCUCAGUCGAAGAAUAACGGUCUGGUCCUUCAUAACGUCCAACAUCCUUCCAGCAUGUCAAUGUUGUCUCAUCUAACACAGAGUCACAAAGGAUCGAAGAUGUCUCUAAACGGAAGUACGCCCAAAGCCACGCCGCAGAGUACGCCUGUUACAACACCUGUGAUUACGCCCAAGGUGUCUCCUAUCUCGUCUGGAGGGGUGAGUCCCAAUAAUUACAGUUCUCCAGUGUUACUUUCGCCUGGAGAUAAGACUAAAGAGAGGAAACUCAGCACCGUUCCCGAGACAACCCAAAUUCUUGACGAUUUUGAAGUCCAGGAUUUCAACAUGGACGUUCCAGAAGUGUACACUGAAUUCGUAGAUGAUGAUGAUCAAGGAGAAAAACGUGUCAGAAGCGCAAGCGAAUAUGUAAUUCUUUAUCCGGCCAAUCAACGCGACGCCAGACGUCGCAGUGGUAGAAUGUCAUGUGACAAACAGUCAAGUCUGGACACAAAUUUGAGUAGUAAUACAGAGACAUCUUUCCUGAGUGAUUCGUCUUACGCCCGACAAGAUAGUUCCGAUGGAGAAGCUAUCAAAUUGUAUUGUAGUGAGAAACGACCUUCAAGUUUAGAAGAUAAGAAUAAAUUAAUCUGGCAAAAAGUCGAAGCUGACCAGAACUCUCUCUACAAUAGACAAAACUCUGAAAACUGUCGGCGGAGCAAUAAGCUAGAACAUAGUCCCCACGUUGAAGAGGACGAAUAUGUGAGUGAUGAGGAUCAGACAGAAGCUGACCUAAGACAGUCAUUGUUGUGAUCGGUCUCCCGCCCUUCACUGAGCAGCUUGGGUGUUAGAUGUCGUAGAAGUCGUUUUACGUCACACUCAGUAACGGCAUGGUAAAUGCUCUAGUCAAGUGAUGUCGAGUUCAGAUUUAUGUUGCAAUUAUAUCUUUGGACAGACACCAAAGAUAAAUCUAAUUGUCCUUAACUUCAAAUGCGGUAAAGUGAUUGCUUUUUUCCGAUUUGUUUUCGGUCAGGUACCGUUCACAGACUGCUUUUCAAACAAACCUCAUGAAAAUAUUUUUCAUUUUGUGAGGAAACAUUACAUUACCCUUCUGGUAGUGUUCGACCAUAUUAUUGUAGGUUUAGAGUAGUGCUUGGAACUCCCCUACUUCUACAUGGGUGUCAAGACUUCAUGUCAGUAUUACAUUACAGUAAUACAUAUGUACUUUGUGAAAACAAAACCAUUCUUCUUCAGUUGUGAAUAUGAUUUAAGAACUCAAUUCUCCAGAUUAAAAGUCAAUUUGAAAAUAA